UUAAGGCGACCUGCUUUAAAAGACGCAAUUUCCGCUGCGGCUGCGGCUUCAAGAUGGCGGACCUCCUCGGUUCAAUUCUGAGCUCGAUGGAGAAGCCGCCGACCGUCGGCGACCAAGAGACCCGCCGCAAGGCGCGAGAGCAAGCUGCCAGAUUAAAAAAGAUGCAAGAAGAGGACAAGAAACAGAAAGCAGAAUUCAGGAAGCGGAUGGAGAAGUUGAUCUCGGAUUUUAUCCAGAGCAGUGAACAGAGGAGUAAGAAAUUUGACCCAAUGAACAAGCUGGAGAGAAGCAUCUUGCAUGAUGUGGUCGAGGUGGCUGGGCUGACCUCGUUCUCAUUCGGAGAGGACGACGACAAUAGAUAUGUGAUGAUCUUCAAGAAGGAAUUUGCUCCUUCAGAUGAGGAGCUGGAGGCAUACCGGAGUGGAGAGGAGUGGGACCCUCAGAGAGCCGAGGAGAGAAAGCGUAGCAAGGAGUUGGCGCAGAAGGAGGCGGAGCAGUCUGCAGAGCAUGGACCCUCGCAGGAAUCCUCUCCCCACUCCAACUACAAACAGAAAUACAGCCAUUUGAUCGGCACCGUGGCUGCCAAAGAGGGAGCGCACACCUUGCAGGCAAACAAGGCCUAUGGCUGUGUACCAACAGCCAACAAGCGAGACACGCGAUCCAUUGAAGAGGCGAUGAACGAAAUCAGGGCGAAGAAGAAGAUGAAGGUGUUGGAUGAAGGAAUGGGCGUAUCAGGGGGCCCGUGACGCCUUGUGCCCUCCUCCCCUUCUGUGCUGAGUGACCCUCCUGGCAAGGUCUGAGGCCUUGUUCAGGCCAGGCCCUGCCCCUGUUGUUAGAAGCAUGCUUUCGACUGGGGGGGGUGGGGGGGGGAAGAGGUGUGGUUGGUUUGUGGGGAUGUAGGCUUCCUGUGGAGCAUGGGUGGGUGGCUGAACUCGAAUUGAGGGGGUGGGAAUGGAGGGUUUAAGGCAGUGGUUCUGUGGGAGAUGGUGAGAAAUUGGAUUGAUUGGGUGGGGAGGGGCGUUAGAUAUUGUUGGGGGGAACGGGGCUCUGGCACAGUUCAAUGAAUGUGUGUGGUCCGCAGGAACACGUGCGGGUGUGUCCUGCUUUGCCCGUCAUGCUGAGGGGACAUGGACUGCCCCUCAGUCUGUGCAGGGCUGCGGGUGACAUUUCUUUUCUGGCAGACUGCUGCCCCUCCGGGCCCCUGGCUCCCUGCGCCCAGAGCUACUGGUUGCACACCGUCCUGGCCCUGUGCGCAGUGUCAGCAUGACUCCAGCCCCAAGGCUGCGGCCCAUACCAACUCUGGUUGGAAGAGCUCAUGUCCAUGGUGAUGGCUGUGAUCACGGGUGACUUUCUAGCAAAGGCUUCCUGGGCAGGCCUCAUUCCCCUUCCCCUCCCCACACACCGUGCUCCCUCAUACCCCCAUCUCCUUGCUCCACACCUCACUCAAACUCCCCCUCCCUCAUCCUCUUACCGUGAGGGUUGCUCAUUCCCUUGCCUUACUCUCAACCACUGCCACUCUCCCUCACCCCUACAAACACCCCCACUUUCCGUCAUCCAUUCUAUCUGCCCUUCACCUCCAGUCUCCCUCAUCCCCUCUGCCUGCCCCCACAUGCCCCACUUUCCGUCAUCCAUUCUAUCUGCCCUUCACCUCCAGUCUCCCUCAUCCCCUCUGCCUGCCCCCACAUGCUGUCCAUUACUCUACCCUUUCUACCCCUCCUGUAGCUCAGGUAAUGUUCUCUCCACUGGGCUGUAACUCCCACCUUUUAAAUUGUUUUAUCUGCAGUGUCUGAAUGUAAAUUAUAUUCUGGUGAGAUGCUGGAUAAAGUUCAUGCUGAAAUUGUUAUCCCAUGGCAAAUAAACACGCAGUUGUACAUUUC